CUGACAACAUUUGAACUCGACUAAGCUGAUUAGAGGCGGAGUUAUGAGAGGGACUGAGGCACGAAAAGACUCAUCACCGGUGGCUUUCCUGAUUCUGUCAGCAGCGGGCGUCCAAUGCCUCACAACAUUUGAUUAGCCAAAGGUGGCUUCAAGUACAAAUUCUGGAACUUGGAGAACGACACAGUGAGACACCGGGAGUCGAGUGAACCCCUCCUUGGACACCAAGCGCAGAUUCCAGAAGCAGGACCUAUCAAAUCGAUUAUGGUGGUACUUUCUUCAGUUGCCCAUCCGGGGUCACUGCUUUUGCAUGGCGCGAUUGGCCCUGGUCUGGGAGGAGAAAGAUGGUUUGGAAAGCACAGCUGCACGCAACUUGCUAGAUCCCUCCGCCUCUACACUCCAACCACACCUCAUCAGACCAAGCAGCGGCAAAUGACGUUGGUAAGGGCUUUGGACCCCCAAAAGCCAGCCCCAAAGAAGACUGCCCGGCAGCAGCAGAGCAGCAGCAUUCCCAAUCCGGCAGGGAACGGAAGAGGCCACGACUUCGUUCCGCAGGGCAGCUUUGCUGGCUACGGCAGCAUGACUUAUCAGCUGCCGCAUGAGGUGCCAGAAGGGGCGGUGGUUAUCUCGUUCAAGCUCGCGCCGGAAGUGUCAUUGGAGUGGCUGUUGCAGUUUGCAGACAAUCUACAGGGGCUCCCGGGUCUUGAAGGCGAAACAUUUCGAGGCGUGCUGGUUCGUCCAGAUGUUUACCAUUGGUAUGCGCUUAAUCCCGACCUUCUGUACAAACCGUGGGGCGAAGCAUGCAUGGCAGCACAGGGUCGCCUUCCGGCCAUUGAUCACAAGCUUGAGGCCAACUCGAAGGAAGAUGCGGAAAGAAUCGAACGUGUUCUGCGGCCUCGAACCGAAAGAUUAACAAGGUAUGAAGGAGACGUUCUGAGACGGAAGCUUAUUAUAGACGAUUGAUACUUCAUUAGCUUCUUCUCGUCGAUCUGACCCGCUCCUGCG